CGCAAUUACAGAGUACAGAACGUGUCACCUCGUGGCUUCGCAGGCAAUAAAUAUACACUUCUUGACAGUCGGGUGUUGCUGUACUGAGACACUAACAUAUUUUGCCAGUGUUUGCUUGAUUUCACCAUGCAUCUACUACUAGUAUCCUCGUCAAACCAUCAACUAUGUAUAAGCUUAAACCAAAGCGAUAUUCAAUCACUAAUUCAUUUCACAUCAGACAAACCAAUAUGGAAGCAGCAAUAGACCUAGGCAGAGCCCGAUUCCAUUCCUCGGACUCAAACUUGACUCUCACAAUGGAUGUCUCCGUACUCAUACAGUCCCACAGGAGACCCCAAAGUGCCGCACGCGACAUGCCUCUCAUACAGCUGAUGACCAUGGGAAGGGUCUGGGUUGCUGAAGCACCAGAGAUCAAACUGAAUUUAUUCAUCAAUGCUCAUAACGUACCCAAUGUCACCGUCUCCACUUUUGUGCCAGUUGUGGGGGAGAUGCUCUGCAAUGCAAAGCUCUGGAAAGAGUUAGGCUUGGUUAUCAUGUACAAAAGCUGCGAAUAUCUCGAUCAGAAACCCCCUCCGAGCUUUCAAUUAGCCUUCGGAAUCGGAAGGUCGCUCACACAGCCUGCUCUCUUGCCAACAAUGAGCCGCAGAAUUCCAAAGGCUUUGCAGGCACCAGGGAAGCUCAUCCCUCCGCCAUACAUUGAGUCUAUUAGGAUUUCUACGAUCAGUAUAAACCUAGAUUUUAUUUCCACAUACCCCCAAAUGCAGCUAUAUCCUCCCGCGCUGAUCAUGGCGAGUUACGGGGAAAUGGGAUGGAAAGCACCUGAUCCUGAAUUCGAAGACCUGGGGCUAGAGUUUACCUUCCAGUCCUCACAGCUCGACGAAAGGGACAUUCCCGAGCUCUCCAAUACCAGAGAUUUCACAGAAGAGCUUGCAGAUAUGGAUAACAGCCCGAAUAGCACCAUCCUCUCGAGCCCUCCCACAGAGCCAGCAGUCAGAAGCUCCAACGCCAACCACCAAGCACUACAUCAUCUGCUCCGCGCAGGCAUGAGCUACUUAUUCGUUAGCAACAGUCCUGAGCAAGGACAAACAGAGCCGGAACCAGAGACUGAACAGCUGCAAAGUCUUCCAAGAAUGGCGCCGUCGGUCUUUAGCCUUGGAUACAAUGAAGCAAUGAGCCAGCGUUCGCUGCUUAUCGCAUCGCUCGUCAAGUCCCUGACAUCCAUGUUGAAGCUGCCCAUGAACCAUUCUUUGCAACAGAUUGUCCACAGUGUGAAGGCUGCGUACAUACCGGACGAAUUCUCAUUGACAGCAGUAGAUACGGGGGACAUUCUUCACGCGGCAUAUUGGGCUCUUGCUCAAAAGCAACUUUACAAAGCAGAAGCCUCACAAAAGCUGAGCCGAAUGGACGGGUUUGAGCCUACAAUUCUGGACGAAUCACAAGCUUAUGAAUCCCUCCUAAUGACUGAUCCAAUGGAAGAGAUACCGAACUGGUUCAACCACGCUACUACCGAAGAGAUGGACAGGAGUUCUGAGUACUACUUGGGCACUGAGGAUCAUUUCGAGCUUGAUUGCACAUCCCAGACGAAUCCUCUCUUAUCGGUUGAUGAGAACUAUACACGUUCUGUCAAUGAGAGCUUAUGGGGCCCAAUACAUGAUAGUCAAACAACAGCAAUGGGUUUACUAGAACUAGACAGCGCGAGUCAACUGCCUUGUCCAGAAUUUCCAGCACUCAUAUCCGACAUUGAAGAUCUAGAAGAAGGCGAUGACAUGAUGUAUGAGAUUCUAUGAUCUCAGCUACUGAGUUUGCACAUCCUUGGGAAUCGCUCAUGGUAUGGUAUGGUAUGGUAUAUGUUUGUCAACAGACCAAUAAAACAACCAAAGACACAGAAAUAACUAUUGAAGAGGUACUCAGAACGAGUGGCUUAGAUAUAUUAGCUCGCAAUUGUCCAUCAAUGUGGAUUACUGUCUACAUCAGUGUACUAUGACCUACAACUAGUCUUUUUCCAGGUCUAUUGUCUUUCUGCGAUUCGCUUCUCUUGAUCUCUGACAAGAAUUUUUGACACACAUCCCUGCCAUUCACCCAUCCACAAUAUCGAAAUCACAUGGGCAACUAAAUGAUGACUGGGUAUAUCGUGCAUCCAAUCCUUCCAGAAGCAGUCAAAUAGAUGGAGCUCCUAGACAUCGCGGAGCGCUGCGGAGUUUGGGCAGCUCUCGCUCUGGAUACACAAG